UACCACAAUGGCGGCUCUAGGAGGGAGAGGAGCAGCCACCUUCCUCUCUUAUUUUUCAUUUUUCUCUCCAACCAGGAGGUGUUUUUCUUUCCACGUCCGCCAGAUUGCCUCCCUCUCCUCCAGGUUUCCUCCAGUGACGGAGAGAAGGGAGAGAAAUGGAAGGAACUUGCUCAAAAUAGGAGACCUGCGGCAGACCUUCCUCCACACCUCCGCCAAGGCCCACGCCCGCGACUACUACGAAGUGCUUGGUGUGUCGAAGAACGCGUCGGAGAAGGAGAUCAAGAAAGCUUACUACCAGCUGGCCAAGAAAUAUCAUCCAGAUGUAAAUAGAGAUGACCCAGCAGCGCAGAAGAAAUUCACUGAGGUUUCCGAGGCCUAUGAGGUGCUUGGAGAUCCAGACAAACGGCAACAGUAUGACACGAUGGGGAAAGCCAAUUAUUCGGCCUCCGGGGACUAUCGUAACUAUCGGACUACCACCAUAGACCCCGAAGAACUAUUCCGCAAGAUCUUCGGGGAUUUCAGCCGGGCCGGAAUGGGCAUGGGCGCUGCGGACGAAGAUUUUGCUGAUAAUCUGUUUGGUUUUGGAGCUGCGCAGGAGAUCACCGUAAAUCUGUCCUUCCGCCAAGCAUCUCGCGGCAUCAACAAAGAUGUUUCAGUGAAUGUAGUGGACACAUGCCAGCGUUGCCGAGGGAGUCGCUGUGAGCCCGGCACUCAGCCCGCCCCAUGCCAACACUGUAACGGCACUGGCAUGGAGACUAUUACUACUGGUCCAUUUGUGAUGCGCCAGACUUGCCGCCUCUGCCACGGCACGAGACAGCACAUCAAGUUCCCCUGCCAGCACUGUGAAGGCAAAGGACGCAACGUACAGAGGAAGACUGUCACUGUGCCCAUCCCUGCAGGUGUGGAGGAUGGUCAGACCCUGAGACUAUCGGUAGGCAGUAAGGAGGUGUUUGUGCGUGUGCGUGUCACCCCCAGCGACUAUUUCCGGCGGGAUGGUCAAGACGUACAUACAGAUGUGACUAUCGGACUAUCGCAGGCUCUUCUGGGUGGAGCGACAAGAAUUAUGGGGGUUUAUGAAGAUUUAACGCUGGAGGUAAGUUCUUUCUCUCCGCUCAAUUUUUUCCUCUGUGUGUGUCCUCCGGUUUCCUCUGCUGGUUGGGUGUUUCCUCCAUGUUUCCUCCACCUUCUCUCCAAUUUUGACUAUCCUACCUCCCUCCUAUCAUAGUCAAAAUAGUAGUUU